GCCACUGCCGCCGCCCUCACCUCGCUCUCCAGCUUUUCAAAAAAUUGCGGCGUCACUCUCUCCGCCCUAACCUCCUCACUCUCAACACUCUCCUCAUCGCGCUGGCCGGAUAAUGUAAGCUAUAAUACUGUCUUGGAUGGGUUGAGCAAAAAGGGGAGAUUAAAAGAGAUCCGUGAAUUGCUAGUGAAUAUGAAGAACAAGGGGCUUGUUCCUAAUAAGAACACUUACAACAUUUUGGUGAGCGGGUAUUGUAGAAUUGGGUUGUUGAAGGAUGCUGCUCAGGUUAUCGAGCUGAUGACACUGAGCAAUACCCUCCCCGAUGUUUGGACCUAUAACAUGUUGAUUAAUGGGCUUUGUAAUGCAGGAAAGAUUGACGAGGCGUUUAGGCUUCGGGAUGAAAUGAAAGGCUUGAAGUUGUUACCUGAUGUGGUGACUUAUAAUACGUUGAUAAAUGGGUGUUUUGAUAGUGGAAUGAGUUCAGAGGCCUUUAAUUUACUUGAUGAAAUGAGUGAAAAUGGUUUGGGACGUAAUGAGGUUACUUAUAACAUAUUGAUCAAAUGGUAUUGCAAGGAAGGGAGGAUGAAUGAUGCUACCGAUACUGUUGGGAAGAUGGAGGAGAAUGGAUUUUGUCCUGACUGUGUUUCGUACAAUACUUUGAUUAGUGGGUUUUCUAAAAGGGGAAAUCUUGCCGAGGCAUUUAAAAUAAUCAACACGAUUGGAGAAAAAGGAUUGAAAAUGGAGACUGUAACACUAAACACAGUCCUGAACACACUUUGUCAGGAAAAGAAUCUUAGUAAGGCUUAUGAGUUGCUGACUAGUGCCACUAAACGUGGCUAUAUUGUUGAUGAAGUAAGCUAUGGCAGUCUGAUUGUUGGCUACUUCAAGGAUGAAAAUGUAGACGGAGCUCUUAAGAUUUGGGGUGAGAUGAAAGAGAAAGAGAAAGAGAUCAUUCCUAGUAUUGUCACCUAUAAUUCUCUAAUUGGAGGGCUUUGUAAAUCAGGCAAAACUGAAGAAGCUAUAACUAAGUUGAAUGAACUUUUGGAGAAUGGGUUAAUUCCUGAUGAGAUAACAUACAACACAAUUAUUCAUGGAUACUGCUGGGAGGGGAAUGUUAGGAAAGCAUUUCAAUUUCACAACAAAAUGGUUGAGAAUUCAGUCAAACCUGAUAUGUAUACAUGCAACAUUCUUCUUCGUGGACUUUGCAGGGAAGGAAUGAUUGAAAAAGCCAUUAACCUCUUCAAUACAUGGAUUGAUAAAGGGAAACAGCUUGAUGCAGUAACCUACAAUACACUGAUAACAGCCUUAUGUAAGAAUGGAAGGCUAGAGGAUGCUCUAGCCCUUGCUGCUGAAAUGGAAUUGAAGAAACUAGGGCCAGAUAGUUACACUUACAAUGCCAUUGUUGAAGCACUUACUAAUGUUGGAAGGAUUAGGGAAGCAGAAGAGUUCACUUCAAAAAUGAUUGAGAUGAGAAUAUCAUCCAUUGGAAUGAAUAAGGGGGAAGAAGACAUCAGGGGUGAGUCUUCUUCAGUGGAACAGGAGGACAUGAGCUCUAUUGCUCAGUCAAAGGAGAUUAAUGAGCUUUGUGCCCAAGGGAGAUAUAAGGAUGCAAUGCAUAUAUUUGGAGAACUUACUCAGAAGGGCGUUUUCAUACCAAAGUCUACCUAUAUCACUUUAAUGUAUGGACUCAUCAAGAGGAGAAAAAGUAUCUCCAAAGCAAGGCGAACUUGAUAUGCGGCUUGUUGGCUAUACUCAUGAUUAACUUAAAUGGGAGAAAGGAGCAUAGGUACAUAUACAUUUCUUCCUGAAAUUUAAGAAAAUUCAUUUGAAUUUUCAUCACGUACAGUACUGACAGUUGUGUCUGAUUAAUAUAAUGUUGUCAUUCUGAGGGUUGUGCUAGUUGUAGAAUAGAAUAGAUUACAUAUAUAAACAGGGAGAUGGAAGUAGUGGGGAGGGAGGGAGGUUGUGUGAGUGUGUUGAGGCCAUCAAGAAUUCAACAUGCUUUCUUUUUCAUUCAUCUUGUCCUACCUGCCUUUAAUUGCAA